UGGACAAAGGCAGCGGCUCCUCCGCCGUGGCCUGGCGGGAAGAAUAAGUACUUUGGAGCUUGGAGCUUGGGGCACUAGCGGCCGCAGCAAGGCGAUUGGGUUGGGGUUCACGUGUGGCACGCCUAUCUAAGUACCUACCUACCUAAGGUACCUAGGUUUGCACAAAAUCAGUGUACUGUAGAUAGACUCGUCGUAUCACAUACAAUUAAUGCUAGUGACCUUCCCCGUUGCACUGCUCAUCCAAGGGCUAUUGUGAUUGACCCCAGUUUACUGUGCGAGCUUACUCGUACUUGUAGAAGCCCAUCUCAUCUCCAGUAUUCUCUCGCUUCAGAGCAAAGCAAUUCGCAAACACACUGCCCAAGAUCGUCAAGGCGCGGCAAGCUGCAGAAGACGACCAGACUCGCAGCACCAGCCAGGAAACAGCACCGCAGAUUACCAGGUGCCUUAUUCAUCCCCAAUGACUGCGAUUUUGCCCUCCGACUAGCUCGAACUCUCCUAUGCGUCUUUGUGCAAGAAGCAGCCUAACACCUCUGUGCCCGGACGCAAUAUACCCCGCCAAAAUCACACGUCGAAGCCACACGCCUUUGAAGAGGCGCCCGAGGGUGUAUGUCUCCUCCCAGCCAGCCAGCAGAAGCCAUCAACAGCAAAGAUGAGCAUCCAGAGAGGCCACUGUCCGGGGUAGCAGGUGCUUCUGGGCCCGACGAGGUUGGGCAAGAGGCUCAAGACACUGAUGGUCUGGAUAUCUCGAAUGCCAAUGGCAAGGAAGCUAGUGGCGCAACUUUGUCUGACAGACAAGGCUCUCAAGUCAAUAUCGAAGGAAUCAACAGACGCUCCAUAGAUGGUAACAAGAUCAGCCAGAGGACUAGUGUUGAGUCAAGCGCGUUAGAAGAGGAAACCUCCCAAAUCAAUGAGGAAGGAAACAGUGUAGGAACGCCACCUAUCUACGACCACAUGGAAUCCUCAACUGCGACUUUAAAGCCCGACAUGCUGUCUGGGAACGUUCCUACGAUGCAACAUCUUUCUCCAGAUGAUAAGCCGUACCUCGAUCCUACCCCCAAAACGCCAUAUUCGUCUCAGCCCCCCUCGCGCUCACCUUCCAAUGCUGCUUCUAUACCCCAAUACUCCAGGUCGGUGGAACCGCCAGAGAGAUCUCCAACAAGAUCUGAUGCCGGGUUUGACGAGAAAGCAUCUACAAGCGGGGACGAGAAAGAGCAUAACCCUAGGUCGGAAAUACAGACAAUAAUGGACCAGUUCAGUGAGGAAGGGCAGGGACCUGGGCACGAAGAAGUUAUGUCGCCUAGAUUGGAGUUCGCUGGACCACUCCUUGGAAGUCCUAUCCAGCAUCCUCCGCGGAAAUCCAGUCUCGAACCCCUGAAUGCUAGCAUUACUGCUGCCGGGCAGAGCGUGCAAGACCUACGAAUAUCAUCUACUGACCCUGCCAAUCAGCAAGAUAGAGAUCCGACCGACGUUGGACCAGCAGUGCCACCAAAGCCAGGUUCGAUCAGUAGUUUUAGGCUUUCGAAGGGUGGGGAUGACCGACAUCAACAUGUAGAUUCUCCAUUGUCACCUCCUCCACUGCAUAGACCCCCACCACCAGAACCGGAGCCAGAACCAGAUCUUCCUUUUGACUUUCACCGAUUCUUAGAGCAGCUUAGGCAUCGAACCGCAGACCCUGUAGCCAAAUUUCUACGGUCAUUCCUACAGGAAUUUGGCAAGAAACAGUGGAUGGUUCAUGAGCAAGUCAAGAUAAUAGGGGACUUCCUCUCCUUCAUCACAAAUAAAAUGGCACAAUGUGAAGUUUGGCGAGAGGUAUCAGAUGCGGAAUUUGACAAUGCUCGGGAAGGUAUGGAGAAGCUAGUUAUGAACAGGCUAUAUACGCAGACCUUUUCCCCAGCAAUUCCACCGCCACAACCAAUUCCUGGCUCCAAGUCAAAGAGGAGGGGAGGUGAGCGUUUGAUGGGCCCUGGAAGGAAGGGACAGCAUCAAGAAGAUGUUGAACGUGAUGAGAUUCUCGCUCAAAAGGUGAGUAUUUAUGGCUGGAUCAAGGAAGAGCAUUUGGACAUUCCAGCUGUAGGAGACAGCGGAAAACGAUUCUUGAUAUUGGCUCAGCAAGAGCUACUCAAGAUCAAGACAUACCGGGCACCCAGAGACAAAAUUAUUUGUGUAUUGAACUGCUGCAAAGUGAUAUUUGGUGAGAACCAACUUACCACUUCGUGCUAUCACUCGUUAAACUGUCACAGGCCUUCUCAAGCACUCCAGGGCCGAUUCAUCGGCGGACUCAUUCAUGCCGCUUCUUAUUUAUGUUGUGCUCCAAGCCAAUCCUGAGCAUAUGGUGUCCAAUGUUCAGUACAUCCUACGGUUUAGAAACCAAGAUAAGCUUGCUGGAGAAGCAGGGUAUUACUUGUCCUCACUGCUGGGUGCUGUGCAGUUUAUCGAGAAUCUAGACCGAACAACACUGACUAUCUCGGACGAGGAAUUCGAGAAGAACGUGGAGGCUGCCGUCUUUGCAAUUGCCGAGAAGCACCAAGCCGAAGAGGUCGUUCAUCCACCACCAACACAACUAUCCGAGAAAUCGACAUUGAGUCGACCUGAAGUGACGCCACGGCACUCUAUGGAAGGCGAAUCAUCAAAUCCUCGGAAAUCUACUUCUUCAAACGAGUACGAAAGUGGCGAUGGAGGACUGGAUGAGAAAGCUGCCAUGAGUGGUCUCCUAAGAACAAUUCAGCGGCCUCUCUCCUCAAUUGGACGAAUAUUUUCAGAAGAGCCAGGAACGUCUCAAAGUGGACCUGCACGAACACCUCUGCCUGGUAAUACUCCUCGAAUGACUCCCUCUCCACGAGUCAGCUCAGACAUUCCGCAAGGCCUGCCACGAGUGCCAACUACUGGAGACCCUCAUCGCAGUCGAAUGACUGCGGAAGAUGCUGCAGCGAGGCAAGCGAGUGCCGAAGCUGCAGAAGCUUAUCGUAUCCAGCGAGCCGAACAUGCCAAUGUCGUGGAGACCUUGGCAGGGAUGUUCCCAGAUUUGGAUAGAGAGAUUAUCAGUGAUGUUGUCACACAAAAGGACGGAAGGGUCGGCCUCGCAGUCGAUGCAUGUCUCGCACUGAGCUCCUAAUUCAGCUACGCCAUAAGGAGCGAGCAUUCUAGUGCUACCUCAACAUAACACUUGGCGGGGGAAUCAAGCGUGUUGGUUUUGAGCGUAGCAUUGGCGUUUCUGAUAUCCCAUAGCGAUCGUUCUGUGUGCUUGAUAGGUUCGCGAUCCAGGAGACGAGAAGUUCGUAACUAGAGGAUAUUAACAAGUGUCAAGAAGAGAUAGCAAGCAUAAAUAUAACAGCCACAAUGAACGUCAAGAGUGGCAGGUCAUUCA